AUGUUCCAGGUCUGUGAACUGAAGGAGCAGCCAAUUCCCACUGUGAUGAUUCAAUCAGACCUCUGUUCUCAGAACGAGGGUCUUCCCAGUGACGGCACAGAAAUCAUCAUAAGACCCAGCUGUGCCUCGGGAUGGUUUUACUACCAGUCCAACUGCUAUGGAUACUUCCAGAAGCUGAGGAACUGGUCUGAAGCUGAGCUUGAGUGUCAGUUAUACGGAAACGGAACCCACCUGGCAUCUGUCCUGGAUCUAAAGGAGGCCAGCGUCAUAGCAGAGUACAUAAGUGGCUAUCAAAAAGUUCAGCCCUUUUGGAUUGGCCUGCAUGACCCACAGAAGAGGCAGCUGUGGCAGUGGAUUGAUGGGACCAUGUACCUGUAUAAAACCUGGAAGAACAGGUCCACAAGUGGGGCCAAGCACUGUGCUGAGAUCAGCCCCAAGGACAACUUUUUAACUUGGAACCAAAAUGAAUGCAAGAAACGCCAACACUUCCUGUGCAAAUACCGGCCAUAG